AUGGAUCCUGGAGAUAGGCUAUUUCCAAACAAGAAAGUGCUCAUCCCUCUAGAAUUUUUCAAAGAAAACCAGAAAGAGCUGAGGGCUGAAGGAGGAAAAUGGAUGAAGAAAACAGCGUCUUCUUGCUCAGUUGUUGGGGCUCUAAUUGUUACCAUCAUGUUUGCCAUAGCUUUAAUAGUUUCUGGAGGGAACGACGAGAAUUCAGGAUACCCACUGAAUCCUUACGUCACGCUGCAGAAGAAGACUUUCUUUACUCCAACCAUAAUGAUCAUGUUGCAAUAUAACUCAUCACGUUUAUGGGUUACUCUUCCUGUUAUUGUCCUUGCUGGUGUUCCAAUAAUCUUCUUUGUAUUAUUACAAUUCCCUCUUCUUGUUGAAGUAACUUUUUCUACUUAUGGUCAAGGCAUCUUCAAGAAGGUAGAGAAGUGGCCAUGA